AUGGUUCAUACACAGUUUAUUUGGUCUCAUGGUGGCAAUCAAGUGUUCCUGUGCGGUGAUUUUACUGGGUGGAUCAAGUAUCAACCGAUGGUUCCUGUUGAAGGAUUGUCUUCGACUUUCUCGACGAUUUGCGAUCUACCACCUGGUUUGCAUAAGUAUAAAUUCUUGGUGGAUGGCAUAUGGAGAAUCAACGAGCAACAACUGUUUGCUGAAGAUGAGUAUGGAGUAAACAACAUUGUUGUGGUCAAACAACCAGAGGUUAUGCCUCAUACAUUGAUCAUUGAUGAUGGGGUACCAAUUAUGGAUAUUGAUAGUUUGGAUGAUCAUAAUCCCGCUGAUGAUGCUUCAACAUCAAUCAGUGUUCCUCCUCAUGAACUUGUGAUGCCAUUAAGGGCUGAAGACAUAGAGGCAACCCACCAUCGUUUGUCUGAUCAUCUUUCAUCUUACACAGUGUAUGAUUUGAUUCCGGAUUCAGGCAAGGUCUUUGCAUUGGAUGCUAAUGUGAGUGUGGAAGAGGCUUUCCUUGUUAUGCAUGAAGAGGUUGACCCGGAUGAGACCCUGAAUGCAGUUGCAGUUAAAAUCAUGCACAAUCGCAUAUCAUCUGUUCCUGUCCUAAAUAUGGCACAAGAUACAGCUUGCCCACAAUUGUUGCACGUUGCAUGCCUUGGUGGGAUCCUAAAACUUAAAAUGGGAGAUGGAAUGCAAAAGAAAGAUAAUGGAGCUGAAAAGAUGCAAAAAAGAUAUUGCUGGCAGAUUGACCCCUCUUCAAUGUUUCGGGUUGAUCAUGCAACUAUAUCUCAAGCACUUCAACUGGUAGAUAAAAAAGGUCAUCCUAGAUUUGGGAUAUGUACACGUUCUGAUACUUUGUAUCAGGUCAUAACACUUCUUUCAAAUCCAGGGGUGAGGCGUGUUGUGGUAGUUGAAGCUGCCACCCAACGUGUGUUAGGGUUAAUUACAUUGAGAGACGUAUUUACUCUCAUUUUUAGAGAUUUUCAUUAA